AUGUCCAUCCUCAGAGCCAGCUCCCACCUCCAGCGUGGCUUCGCCCACUGGCACACCCGGUGCCGGAGAGCACCAAAGCGGCCACGCACGGCUGUCGGCAUCGGCUUCUACGGGAACAGUGAGACCAACGAUGGGGUGUACCAGCUGCUCUAUGCCCUGGACCAUGCCAACCACACCCUGACCGGCAUCGACUCGCUGGUGGCGGGCACCACGCUGCAGAUGCAGGUGGGUUUGGAGCAGCACCUGGCGCGGCUAAACGAGCUCCUGGCCGCGCGGGGGGACUACCUGCAGACCCUCAAGUUCAUGCAGCAGUUGGCCGGCAGCAUCGUCCUCCAGCUCUCGGGGCUGCCCGUCUGGCGGGGCGCCAGCGCCGACCUCACGCCGCUCACCACGCUGGCUGGCCACAUCUCCUACGUCGAGUAUUACCGGUGGUUGGCUUAUCUCCUCUUCUUCAUCCUCGUCCUCACUGUCUGCCUCCUGGCCUGCCUGGGGCUGGCCAAGCGCUCCCGCUGCCUCCUUACCACGAUGCUGUGCUGUGGGCUGCUGACCCUCAUCCUCAGCUGGGCUUCCAUGGCCGUGGACACGGCGGCGGCGUGGGGCACCAGCGACUUCUGCGUAGCUCCGGAUAAGUUCAUCAUGAACCAGACAGAGAGCGACAUCAGCGCGGAGGUGGUUCAUUAUUACCUGUACUGUGACCAGAGCCUGAGCAACCCCUUCCAGCAGGCUCUCACCGUCUUCCAGCGCUCACUCACCACCAUGCAGAUCCAGAUCCAGGGCCUGAUACAAUUUGCACUGCCUCUCUUCCCCACAGCUGAGAAAGACCUGCUGGGGGGCCAGCAGCUCCUCAACUCCUCAGAGGUCGCCCCCCUCCCCACCACCAGCCCUGUCCCAUCCCCUCUCCCACCGCAGGACUACCUGGACGCCCUUAUCGGCAUCUGCUACGAUGGGGUGGAGGGUUUGCUCUACCUGGUCCUCUUCUCCUUGCUGGUGGCCGCCUCCUUCUCCACCAUCAUCUGCGCCACGCCGCGUGCCUGGAAGCACUUCACCGGCAGGGACCGGGACUACGAUGACAUGGACGAAGAAGCCCCCUUCAACCCGCAGGCACGUCGCAUCACCACCCACAACCCGGCGCGGGGGCAGCUCCGCAGCUUCUGCAGCUACAGCAGCAGCCUGGGCAGCCAGAGCAGCCUGCACCCCCCGGCGCAGACCAUCUCCAACGCCCCCGUCUCCGAGUACAUGAACCAAGCCGUGCUCUUCGGUGGAAACCCAUGCUACGAGAACGUCCCCCUGAUCGGCAGAGGCUCUCCUCCUCCCACGUACUCCCCGAGCAUGCGAGCCACCUACCUGUCCGUCACCGAUGAGCACGUCAGGCACCACAGCACCGAGUUCCCAGCCUAA